UACACGCGAGCGGACGUCACCACGUCACAACUAUUAAGUUUUCGAUAAAGUAUUACAACGAGAACCAUAAUUGACGUUUGUGUGAUAGUGCUGUGAUUUUUAUUGUUGUUAUAAUAAAGAUGAUUAUUGAGUGAAUUAAAUGCUGUAUGUCGGCCUUGACGCGGCCCGACGUCGAUACCGAAUCCGGAUCAACGAAACCGCGACGACCAGACCGGGCCGUGUACGUUCCGAGGGCCCUGCGUGCCAACGAAAGCACGGAGGAGAAUCGAACCGAAAGCAAGAAGGCAACUCCCGAAGGGAAGUGUCCGAAAUCACCGGCGUCCAAAGAUAAAUCUGCACACGGCACACCAAAAAAAUCUCUCGGCAAACAGUUCUGCAACGUAUACACUCCACCGCACCUGAGGAACCAGACGGCAGCGGGCCCCGGAGCAGUCAGUCCGCCGGCCGAGGAUAAGCAGGAGCCUGCAGUGCCAAAUAGUGAUAGUGCAAUAUCGUUUAGUGAUAAUAGUUAUAACGAAGUAGACGAGGCAGAGAAUUUCUAUAUAGGUGAUUAUUUCGCAAACGGACAGUUAGGAUUUUAUAGGCCGAGCUACUACGAUUACGAGGGUAACAAUUACGAAGACGGCUGGAAAUCAAAUGAGUCUAACGAACUGAAUAUGGCCGCUCCAGAAACUCACAGCAAUAUUAUUGAUAAUGAUUAUUUAUAUAAGAAAGACGAGGACGUCGAGGCGAACGAGUUGAAGCGCGCCUCGCAGGAAAUAAACAGAAGCAGUAAGAGAAUUAUUAAGCAGAGCUUCGACUCUGACGUGCUAGUUAUAUCGGACCCGAUCGAGGAGGCGCCCAGUCCGAAAGAUGUCAGCGAGAACGAGUCCCCGGCCGUCGAGGAGAAGGAAGAAGAGACUGUUAAGAAGCCGAAACCAAAACUAGAGGCCAAAGUUUCCUUGAAACGAGAGGAGAAUGACUGGGACGCAGUUUUCGACGACAGCGGCGAAUGCCUAGACCCCUCCUUACUGGAGGAGUUAACGUCGACAGUCGGCAAGGUGCACAUUAGCAAAGCGAAGAAUAAUUACGACCAGUACCAAACGAGGGGUCAGGCUUUGUUCAACGGCCCCUACGACGAGACCUUCGGCCACGUGAUCGAGGUGUACGACUUCCCCAGCGAGUUCAAGACGAAUGAUAUAUUUUCGUUGUUCAGUGAAUACAAGGACACUGGUUUCGAGAUUAAGUGGGUGGACGAUACGCACGCACUGAUCGUGUUCAGCAGCGCCAAAAUAGCUGCGGAGGUGCUGUCGAUACAGAGGCCGCUGGCGAAGUGUCGACCGCUGCACGCCGCCACGCUCGAAUCACGGAACAAGGCGAAGAAAUGCGCCGAGUUCCUGCAACCAUACAGGCAGCGGCCGGAGACGUGCACGGCGCUGGCGCGGCGCCUCGUGUCGGGCGCGCUGGGCGUGCGCCUCAGCACGGCGCGGCAGGAGCGCGCCGAGGAGCGCCGCCUCAUCACGCUGGCGCGCGAGAAGAAGCGACUGUCGGCGCUGCACAAGCAGGAGGCGUGGGACGGCUCGCUCGCCAACAGCGCGCUCGACGCGUAGCCCCCCCCUCCACACACACAAAGUUACGACAUUGUGCAGACGAAUGCCGAGUCAGCGUGCCGGAGCGUCGACAUCUCGUCUACUAAAUAAUAAUUAAAAAUAAGAAACUCUCAAAUAUAUGUAUAUUAUACGUAAAGUUAAAUAAUUUCUAAUGAUAGAUAAUUUUUAAAGAACGAAUAAAUUAGUUAAAUCGAGUGAGUGACGGGGACGCCCCGCCCACACGCGUCGCCGUCCCGCUCGCACGCGGCGCCGUCCCGCUCGCACGCGUCGUCCCGCUCUACGUCACGGCACGCUGGUCAAAGUCAAAUUGACUGAUUUGAGUUUAAAGUAAUUGGUAAUUCAUCGGCGGCAGCCGGUGACGUAACAAUCCAUCAACGAGCGUUCACUUGGCUCAAAAUUUCUGAAACCGGCAGGUAUUUUAUUGAGUGCCUCCACACACUGGCGACGCACUGUCUAACUUAUGAUGUCCUUCCUAAGGCAAAGCGGGCGGCGUCUAAUGUGUUGUUAUCUUGUAUUGCGUUCGUGUACCGACGGAUGGCGCCGACUGGACUAGCUUAAAUGUAUAUUACUAACGUAUUCAAUUUGAAAAUGAUUAUGUACUGUGAAAUGUAACGUUUUUACUCGUAGCGCCAUCUAGCGGUGGUCUGGAGGCUCAAACUAUAUUGUAUUUACUUCCCCUUGGCGCGAAGAUGUCGCCGAGGAAACGAAGUGUUUUGAAAUUAUACGAAAUCGUUAUAUAAUAUUUACUUGUCAAACGAACAGAAAAAAACGAUCUUAAUGGUUCUUAUUAGUUUUUUGGCCACCUCAAGCGGUUUGGGAUUCAUUAUGUUCGGUAUUGACC